CCAGCCCUGACUGGGGCAUCGGAAGGGCAGGUGGAGCCAGUGGCAUUGACUGCAGUAAUCUGAACCUGAGGGGGAGGCAGCUACGACAGCGCCAGAGCUACUGGCCAGGAAGAAGCUGCCUGCCGCUGAGGGCUGGACCCGGGAGAGCUGGGGUUGGGGCAGGUCGGCAGUCACUGCCUUCUCUCCUGGCCCAUCUAUAUUUAAUGAGCUCCUUCGGCUUCUGCAGUAGACAGGACGCAGAAAGGCAGGCCUGGGCAGUGAAGGCCCAAGGCCCCAGCCCUGCCCUGAGCCCAGGCCCCCCAUCCUUCUGGGCAUGAGAAGGUGGACCUGGGGCCCCGUAGCCCCUCAGCUGGGCAGGGUUCUCCAUGCAGCUGGUGCUGAAGAUGGAUUCGAGCCCAGACAAUGACAGCUGGUUGGAGGAUCAGUGGGAGCGCUGGCUCACCCAUGACAUCAGCCUGGAGGAGUUUGAGGAUGAAGACCUCUCAGAGAUCACCGAUGAGUGUGGCAUCAGCCUGCAGUGCAAAGAAACCCUGUCCUUACGGCCCCCGCGCGCCGGACUCCUGUCUGGGGGAGGUGGCGGCGCCGGGAGCCGGCUACAGGCAGAGAUGCUGCAGAUGGACCUGAUCGACGCGGCGGGGGACACUCCCGGCGCCGAGGACGACGAGGAGGAUCGCGCGGCGCAGCGGCUGGUACCGGGGCGGCCCGAAGCCGAGCACCGCCAGGAGCCCGCUCCGCGCAGCCAGAGCCAGGGCCCGGGCGGCGGGGACACUUACCGGCCCAAGCGGCCCACCACGCUCAACCUCUUUCCGCAGGUGCCGCGGUCUCAGGACACAUUGAAUAAUAAUUCUCUGGGCAAGAAGCACAGUUGGCAGGAUCGGGUGUCUCGAUCAUCCUCACCUUUGAAGACAGUAGAGCAGACACCUCCACAUGAACACAUCUGCCUGAGCGAUGAGCUGCCACCCCAGAGCAGCCCUGCUCCCACCAAGGACCGAGGCACCUCCACAGACAGCCCUUGCCGCCGCAGUGCUGCCACCCAGAUGGCACCUCCCAGUAGCCCCCCAGCUGCCCCACCUAGUGGCCGGACCCAUUUGCAUCGAGACCGCAUCCACUACCAGGCAGACGUGCGGCUGGAGGCCACUGAGGAGAUCUACCUGACACCUGUGCAGAGGCCUCCAGACCCCACAGAGCCCACCUCCGCCUUCCUGCCACCAGCUGAGAGCCGGAUGUCUGUCAGUUCUGAUCCAGACCCUGCCGCCUACCCCUCAACAGCAGGGCGGCCACACCCCUCCAUCAGUGAGGAAGACGAGGGCUUCGACUGCUUGUCUUCCCCUGAGCGAGCUGAGCCACCAGGUGGAGGAUGGCGGGGGAGCCUUGGGGAGCUGCCGCCACCUCCACGGGCCUCACUGAGCUCUGACACCAGCGCCCUGUCCUAUGACUCAGUCAAGUAUACGCUGGUGGUGGAUGAGCACGCACAGCUGGAGCUGGUGAGCCUGCGGCCAUGCUUUGGAGACUACAGUGAUGAGAGUGACUCUGCCACCGUCUAUGAUAACUGCGCCUCUGCCUCCUCGCCCUAUGAGUCGGCCAUUGGAGAGGAAUAUGAGGAGGCCCCCCGGCCGCGGCCCCCAGCCUGCCUCUCAGAGGACUCCACACCUGAUGAACCUGAUGUCCACUUCUCCAGGAAGUUUCUGAAUGUCUUCAUGAGUGGCCACUCUCGCUCCUCCAGUGCAGAGUCCUUCGGCCUCUUCUCCUGUGUCAUCAAUGGGGAGGAGCAGGAGCAGACCCACCGGGCCAUAUUCAGGUUUGUGCCUCGACAUGAAGAUGAACUUGAGCUGGAGGUGGACGACCCUGUGCUGGUGGAGCUGCAGGCGGAGGACUACUGGUAUGAGGCCUACAAUAUGCGCACAGGUGCCCGGGGCAUCUUUCCUGCCUACUACGCCAUUGAGGUCACCAAGGAGCCUGAACAUAUGGCAGCCCUGAUCAAAAACAGCGACUGGGUAGACCUGUUCCGGGUGAAGUUCCUGGGCUCAGUCCAGGUUCCCUAUCACAAGGGCAAUGACGUCCUCUGUGCUGCUAUGCAAAAGAUUGCCACCACCCGCCGGCUCACCGUGCACUUUAACCCACCAUCCACCUGUGUCCUGGAGAUCAGUGUCCGGGGUGUGAAGAUAGGUGUCAAGGCUGAUGACUCCCAGGAGGCCAAGGGGAAUAAAUGUAGCCACUUUUUCCAGUUAAAAAACAUCUCUUUCUGUGGAUACCAUCCAAAGAACAACAAGUACUUUGGAUUCAUCACCAAGCACCCCGCUGACCACCGGUUUGCCUGCCACGUCUUUGUGUCUGAAGAAUCCACUAAAGCCCUGGCAGAGUCUGUGGGGAGAGCAUUUCAGCAAUUCUACAAGCAGUUUGUGGAGUACACCUGCCCCACAGAAGACAUCUACCUGGAGUAGUAGCGCUGACCACCUGCUCCAUCCCUGGGACCCUCAGCCAGUGCCAGGACAACUGGCUGCUCACAAGAAGUGUUACCACUUGAGGAGGGGCGCCAGUCACCACCAGAGGAUGGGGAUAUGGGGGCCUUUGGCCAAGGGUGGGGGAGGGGAGGGGUUAUUAUAGGGAAAGGCAAAUGCAGUUUAUUGUAAUAUAUGGGAUUAGGUUUGUCUGUGGAGGACACAGAGGGCUGGAAGGGGUCAGGCCUCCUGCCAGGAAAGAUGCCCAUCUGAGGAGCAGUCCCAUCUUGGCCUCACUUCCCUUGCCAGGCCCUCUGGCUCUCUGGCUAAUGGCUCCUGCCUUGAUGAAGCUCAUGCCACCACGCAGUACCCACCCUACCACCUGCCCCCAACUUCCAACCCUGACUGAGGGCCUUGAGCUCAGGUUGAGCCCAGCCACCUCCUGAGGACUUUCUAGUAAGAAACAGCCACAGGUGGGGUGCAGUUCUGCCCAGCUCUGUCACUCGUAGCUUCUGGAUGGCUCCCAUGCAGGCCCCUGGUAGGCAUGGGGUGUCACUGGGGAAGGAGAGCUGCAGCAGGGCAGGCCCCACCCUGGCAGGAAAAGGCGGCUUCUGGACUGGCCCAGGCUAACCAGGGCCUCUUGGCUGCUUUAGCUGUAGCCCUAUCUUGGUCACAUCACCCCAGCCACAACUAUUAAAGUGCCAUUUCCUUUCUGGAUCGCAAUGGGUGUAUCUACCUGGAUCCCCUCCCAUGCCCAGCUUGCUACCAUCCCAGAAAACCCAAGCCUUUGCUGCACAGAAUAGCUUUAUAAGGGGUUCCCAUCACAGGUGUGUGUCGUAGAAAUACUCAGCCAUGUCUGGCCCAUCCCGCUUGUGCUGCUGGGCCCUGGAGAGGAGAGGUCGAGACCCCUGUGGCCAUGGGUGCUUGGGUCGAACCCCAUAGUCUUAAAGAGAGAGGAAGAGGUAUGGGUGGGAGAAUCUGGUUUUGAAUCCACUGAAGUCACCCCUGAAUUGAUGCUGUUUGGGGAUGAGAAGACCCUAAGGCUAGACCUGAGUGCCUUUGCCUGGGGCACAUCUCCAUUAGAUGGGGCCCAGAAGGGGAGGUCAGGGGAGGGGAGGGAUGAGAGAUACUACCAUCCUCCAGACUGGAAAGUGGCUGCAAGAGUUCCAGGGGGGCUGAAAAUUCCUCAGGAACAGACUGCUGAGGCCUGUGGGAGACUUUGGGGACUCAGCACUAGCUCCAAAGGCCACUACCAACACCCAAGACAAUGGUGCCAGCCUGUCAUCCUGGGAAGGGAGAGACAGCACAGCAGACCACCACCCUACCCGCCCCAGGUGGCCCCACUCUUCUGCCUCCAGGAGUUACCUUAGUGGCUGCGGGCGGAGGAGUGUAGCUCCCAGGAUGAGGUAGAGGAGGAAGAGGCUCAGCCUGGCCCUAAGAUACAGAACCCCCAGCAUGGCCAGAACCAUCUACUCAGGUCCUUGCGUCUGGCUUCUGCCUGCCCCUCCCCCAGCAGGAGGACGGAACUGGCAGCCUGCUCUGUGGCCACCUCACAAAGGGCAUUAGUUCCAGGGCUCAGUGUCAGCACCAACUCCAUGGCUAGUCCAGAAGUCUCUGUGCUGAGGUUUCAUUUUUGUUUUAUUUUACUGGCACUGUAGGCCAACAGGUGCCAAAUCUUGUUCUAGUGUCAGUGCCCAAGGAUUAAGGGCAGAGACUUUUGAGUCAGAUCUCAGUUCAAACCCAACCUUGCCUCUUGCUAGGUUGAACUCUGGGGGCCUCUUUCCUCAUCUGUGAGAUAAGGUACAUGCAUAAUGUGCUCAAGGUUUGGCAUUUAAUAGGUCCUCAGCAGAAGUCAGGGUCACGGACUCCUCACCACCCACAGCCUCAUCCAUUCCCACUCAGCCUCUUCCCCACCUCCUGCCACUACCACCACCCCCUCUCCUGUGACAUCUCAAUAGUCCCAGGAAGGUCCUGCCAGCUGAAGAGGCGUGGUCUGCUCAAAAGAGCUCACUCUGAAAGACUUCCCCAUUUAGCUCCUUGCAGCUUAGAACAGCCUGGCUUGGGCUCCACAGGCCCUGCUGCCACCCGAGGUUAGACAAAAGGAUUUCAAGUAAGGUGGCAAAGCCUGGGACCCACACCCCUAGAGUGUAAGCUUUCCAAAGGACAGGAACUGGUUCACUGAAGGAUCCCCCAGCACUCAACACCUAGUGGGUGCUCAAUAAAUGUUUGUUGAACGAAUAAA